UAGCUGCGUUAGCUCUCUGAGCUCCUCCUCUGCCUGUAACUAGAUCCCACUGCAGCGUGAGGCAUAAAUAGAAAGGACGGAGUGCUGCUGUGUAUAAAUUCAGAUCAGUGCUGGGAUUGCAAGGCAGGCUGUCCUAUAGGCCUGAUCAAGUCUAAUAUAAAGUGAUCAUGCAGCAGCAGCAGAUGAUGUUCCGGUUUGGAGUGGUCAUUACUUUAAACCACCAAGAUACUGAACUUAUGGUGCUUGGAUCUCGGACAGAGAUGGGAGCUUGGGACCCACAAAAUGCUGUGCCUAUGAAACCCACUCAGUGCCCUCUUUCUACAACAGAGCCUACACUUUGGGUGGGUGAGGCGCUUCUUGAAGAACCAUACAGAGACAAAUUCUGGUUCAAGUUUAUCAAAAAAGAAGCCGGGAGCGUAAUCUGGGAAGGUAAUGGCCCUCAUCAUGACCGCUGCAACGCCUACAAUGAAAGUAACAUAGUGGAUGGGGUUUAUUGCUGUCCUGUGGGACAUUGGAUUGAAGGCACUGGACAUACCAAUGAGAUGAAGCACACAACUGACUUUUAUUUUCACAUUGCUGACCACCAAGCAAUGCACUUCUCAAGGAUUCUGCCAAAUGUCUGGCUGGGAAGCUGCCCUCGACAAAUUGAGCAUGUGACUAUCAAAUUAAAGCAUGAACUUGGAGUAACAGCUGUACUGAACUUUCAGACAGAGUGGGAUGUUAUCCAGAAUUCAAGGGGAUGCAACCCCUAUGCUGAGCCCAUGACUGCAGAAACAAUGAUCAGGGUGUAUAAAGAUGCUGGCCUGGUGUACAUAUGGAUCCCAACUCCAGACAUGAGUACAGAAGGCAGAAUAAGGAUGUUACCUCAAGCUGUUUACCUGCUCUUUGGCCUCCUAGAAAAUGGCCAUACAGUAUAUGUUCAUUGUAAUGCUGGAGUUGGCAGGUCUACAGCAGCUGUGUGUGGUUUUCUUAUGUACGUAAUCGGAUGGAGCCUUCGGAAGGUUCAGUAUUUUCUUGUUUCACGAAGGCCUGCUGUCUACAUAGAUGAGGAUGCAAUGCUAGGUGCUGAAAAAGAUUUUCGCCAGAAGUUUGGCCAUCUUUGUUCUUCUGCAUGUCAAAUGUAAUUAAGGCUUCGUAAGAAACAAGGUCAAGAGUUUUCUGAAGGCAAACAAGAAAUUUAUAUAUUUCCUGAAUGUAUUUAUUAUGUGGUUUCCUACUACAAAUAACUUUAAAAAAAAAGCUAGACAUACCCUUAUUUACUCUAUACUGAUACCUGUUUGAAGUUUGAUAUUUGAAGCCAUUUGACUUUGUAGAGUCAAAUGGUAGGUUCAGAUAUUUUUUUUUCCAGUAUCUGUUUUUUUGGGGGUUUUUUGGACAUAAUUUUCUAUACUAAUAAAGCACCCAUGAUAAGUAAAAUUUAAAGGACAUUAUAGAUACAUUCAAGUUAUUUUUUUCUUUUACAUCCAUUAUAAAAGUCAACGGUUAAAGCUUUAUUUAUGAAGUGCUAAAAUUGCAUCCAGUGAAACUAAGCAGUAUGUUGGUAGCUCAACAAAGAAAUGUAAUGUUAGUGUAGCUUUUGGAACUUGUGGCUUAUGUUUGCCAUUUAUAUUCACAUCUUCAGAUUUCCAAACUGUGUUUUAUGGAAUAAAACAAAUAGUAAGCAAGUAACCUGAGAAUUAAAUUUUGUUGACAUUCAAAUGGAAAAAUAAAUGUUUACCUUGA